AUUGUGACGAACAUGUAUGUCGUUGGUCUUUUCGGAAUUCAAAAAUGAAAAUUCUCUGAUAAUUUACUCAUGCCAUCCCAGAUGUGUAUGACUUUCUUUCUUCUGCAGAACACAAAUGAUUUUUAGAAGAAUAUUUCAGCUCUGUAGGUCCAUACAAUGCAAGUGAAUGGAGAUAUUCAACAGAGCUGAGGUGUUCUUCUAAAAAAAAAAAAACUUUGUUUUUGUUCAGCAGAAGAAAGAAAGACAUGGACAUCUGAGAUGACAUGAGGGUGAGAAAAUGAUGAGAGAAUUUUCAAUUUUGGCGAACUGUCCGUUUAAACUUGUGUGCUUUAUACCUUGCUCAAAGUAGCGCCAUAUUUAAUUUUUGAUGGUAAUGAAAGCGAGGCUGUGAGGGAUAGAUUUAAUGAGUUGUUUAAAUUGGAGUUGAUCAUUAAGCUAAUGAAACAUUGAACACUGAACAUUGAUGCAUCAUUUAAGCCAUUUAGCACGCAGGGCCAGUCUGUGCCUCACAGCCUCGUUUUCUUACCAGUCAAAAAUUAAAUAUGGCGCUGCUCUGAAUUUGGUCUAUGGGAUGAUUUCAUUUCAAACACAUCUUCAACUCGACUGUGCAACUGCAGUUUGAGAUCAGAACAUUUGGUUUGAUUUUAUAUUGAUUUUAUCAGUUGAGCUCUGACAUGACUUUUUUCCCCAAGGCCUGACACAGCGUUAUAGGAAUGAGAUUAAAUCACAGCUUGACCACCUCAUUAAAAGUAAACGUUUUUAGUGAUGCACACUCUGUGACUGUGGACAUGAGAUGCUUCUCUUUCAUCUUAUGUCUGUAAAAAGUGAAACUUCUUUGUUAGAGUUGAUUCAGGGGCAUCAUCAAUUUAAUGGUUGUUCUGUUCUUUUCGUUCUGCACUGUGGCUGUUUUCUUGAUGUGCACUGCCUUGGUUUGUCCCACUGAGGUAAUGAUCAAGCAUCAACUUUUGCAUGGCCCUGCAUCCUUUAUCCUCAAGCCAUGACGCUUGUGGCUUCCGUGCCCUCGAACACUCCCUAUACAGCGCUGUAUUGUAUGAGAGGUUGGGAUCUAUUCAGGAUUGGGUGCUCUGCUGCCUUAAAAAAGGGCAAAAUAGAGUAUGCAGACUUAGCCCGUAACAUGCAAUGUGGGUUAAGAUGAUGUUGGGGCAGUAAAAACUGUCCCUUCAGCAGUGGAAGCUGAGAUUUUUGCUCGUCUCAAAGUUGUUGACCUGAGUUUUCAGUGUUUAGGAAUUCAACUGUAAUAACUCCCUCUUAUUCUUGAAAUUGAUUUGUUGUUGAGUCCCAGAUCACAAAAUGUCAACAGUCUUAAGGCAGAUGAUGACAGCAUGUGCUUGAAAGCAUACAGUGUAAUGUAAAUCACAGGUGCACUGUGCAGGGGAUGAUUGUAUUUGAUCUUUUUUUAAAUAAUCUGUUAUUUACAUAGAUAAACUAUCAGUAUCCUCUCUAUUCCUACUGAAGUUUUGGUUUGAAGGAAAUUGUGACAUCUUGACUAAGGAAACCCCUGUUACUCACAGGAAGUUUACAGACAGUCUGUAACAAAAUAAAUAGAUUUUGUGGCCUCAUAGUUAUUUUGUCAAUUUUGUCAGAUUUCAGAGAAAGAGACACAUGAAAAAGGAAAAUAUUCUUAUCAAUGUUAAUUUCAUUCAUUUAUUUAUUUUUUAAUAUUUAGAAUUCUGUAUGCUUUUGAAUAGGGCUGGUUUGAUUUGUUUUUCUGUCAAAUAGGAAGGAUUUUUUGAAAACCAUAACUUGCAUGUAGUUUUGUAAUAGGGAUUAUCAUUGAUAUGUUGUAAGAAUGUCAGGUAAGGUUGUCAGGUAAAUGUAGGCUAUAACCAACUAAACAACUUUUCUUAGAAACGUAAUAAAUAUGCUAACAAGAUUUCAGAUGCCUCUUAAUAAUGUACAAUGUUAGCUUGCAGUGUACAGUAUAUCUUUCAGUUCAUUUAAUUAAUGAGAUCCUAGUUGAUCUUGGAUGAGCUACAAUGAUAAGGUAAAUCAAAGAAAGACUAAUUUAGAUUGAAAAAUCAACAUCUUGUACAGCUGUUUUUUGUUUAUGUUUAAUGAAGCAGAAAUAAUUGUCUUCUUGAUUUUUUUUAGCACAUUAUAAUUGUGAUGAACAACAUUAUAAUUUGGAAUGUGCCGAUCUCAUGUCCAAUGGCAGAUUGAGUAAUCAAUUAAUUAUUCGUUCAUCAUUUUUGAAUCAUUUGUUUCUUUUAGAAUUCUAAAUUCUUCUCAAUGGUAAUGUUUUGGGUAAUGCUUGCAGUUUUAACUGUCCCUUAGAAAUUAUUCUAAAUUUCUCAAUUUGUGCAAUUGUGUGAAGCCGAAAAUGAUUCCAAUAUCUCUUUCUGCCAUAGCACUACACAGUAUUAAGAGGAAAAUCCCAUAAAAAGUCACUUGUCCACACACACUGAGUAAUGCUUUGAGGACACGCCUAUGCAGUUACUUUCUUCUUUCUCUGUUCAGGUGGAUCCCUCACCAAUGAAUGUAGGGGAUGGAGGGACGGUGAGCAGAGAGAGCAGAGCCCCUAUCCAAGUGUCUGAGAGCAUGGUGGGGAAUCCACAGCAGACACUGCCUCUUGAACUCAGAGGUGACAUACCUCAAAGUCAGCAGAACAAGCUGAGGACGACCACAGACUGCAAAACGCUCAACGUCUGCUCAGAAGCCAGCAAGGCCAGCAAUUUAAACCAUUGUCUCCAAGUACACCCUGCCCAAAUUCAUAACAAUGCUCCUGUGUUCAGCAAUGACCCUGUGAGCACUCUGAUGCCUGACAGGACUGAGGUUUCCAAAGGCAAGGUUGAUGGUGCUGGCAUCUACUCCACUCACCAGUGGCCUUGUGGUAAAAAGGUCAGUACAGGGGACCCUGUGAACUCUAUUCAUAGUGGUAUAAGCCCAAAUAAGAAGACUAGCACACCAGCACCCACCCAGCCCCUGAUAAGCGUUCCUUUAGGGUUCCAGUGUUCCACGCUGUUAAAACCAGGCCAGCCUAAUACUUUCCUUCCCUCCUCAAACUUUUCUUCUCCUCUCUGUAAGAUCACCUUGCCUCCGGGGUUGGGUCAGAUAGCAGCACUGAGAGAAGCCACAGCUAGCCAGUUUCAAAAGGACUGUCCAGUGCAAAGCCCUUGUUCAAGUACAGCACCAAUGCUCAAAACAUACCCAUAUCACUUUUCUGUGGGCAGGGGGCCUGGUGCUGAGAAGAAGCCUCCAUCUUCAGCAUCUAAAGUCAGGUGUGACUCUAUGUCCAAUAAUAAGGGCUUUCAGGGUGGAGCUGAGCAUAAAGCCACAAUGUCCUCCCCAGCUCUAGCCCUUCCAGUACAGCAUGUCACUCAAGGCUCAGCUCCACCAACCCAUUACACUAUCUCUCCUACUGCUGCCAUCUGCUGCAGCCCGGCUCUGGCUAAUAUCACCACUCAAAGCAGGCUGUUUAGCCUUGUAGAAAAAGGUUCAACAUUCCGCGGUGCUGAAAAGACCUCACUAGCAUAUUUGAAACCGAAAACUCUGUCCACUCCUGAGGAGCACAAUAUUUCCUGCCCCACUGAGUCAAGGGACGUGCCCCUUGAUCUGUCUGCAAAGUCCAAACGACAAAAAAGCAUUAAAGAUGCUCAGAACAGCCACCCGGUGGCCACAGAACAUCAUUCUACUGAGACUCAUCAGAAAAAUAUUACUAGUUCAAAAAAAGUCCAUUCUGCUUCUUUUGGCUCAGCCGGUACAUACGGCCAUCAUCCAGACACCCAGAGAAAUGGUGCAACUCAGAAAUCAUCUUCAAAACUGACAAAUCACCAUGCGUUGGAACCUGCUGCAUCCUGGGCCAAAGGUUCAUCUCCUGGCUCCUUAAACAACCUGUCUGGUACAUAUGUAGGAGUGGCAAGCCCUAUUCUAGCAUCUACUUUACGUAGCAAAGAUGGAAAAAAUGCUGCUUUUGUUGAAGAUAUUCAGACAUUUGCUAAACAGGAAACCAUCUCGAUCAUUGAUCAAGGAGAGCAGCCAAUUUGUAGAGAUAAGAAAGCACCAUUUUUUGUUAAAGGUUCCCAGCAUAAUAAAGGUGGUAAGCUUUCAACAGGUACUUGCUCGCCUGGAGCACAAGGAUUUUUAUCCACCCCAUUGGCUGCUACAGCAAAUUCACAUCCUCACCGGAAGUCUGGUGGUGGAAAAGGAGGUACCCUGUUCACACAUCCAGUUAAAUCAUUGUGGCAACCGCCUUGUGUUCUUUCCCAAGGAGCAUCGCUGCAGAAGAGGCCAAGUCAGACUCAAGUCCCAAAAACCAAGGACACCCACAGUUGUGAGAGAGCCCUGUUCCAUAUCUCCCAGUUAAGCCCAACUAAAGUAGAAGACGAAAAGUGGGAGGAAGCCAAAUCCCCCUUAUCCAAUCUGGAGUCAAUAGUGAAGCAGAAAACUCUUGAGACCACUGCACUUAUGGGUGAAAACUACUGUAAUCUGUCUGCUGUGGGAUCCAAGAGGCCUGAGGUGGUCAGUAUGCAGAACAGGUGUCAGGACUCCACAUUGCAGCAGACUUUUACCACUGGCUCUCCUUCAUUCAGAGCCAUUGAAGGACAGGUCAUCAAGUCAAACAAAACCUCUCCACACACAGAAGCCACUGCAACUCUAAGUAGAUUGGAGGUUACAACCAUGCCUAUUCCCAAGGAAAAGGGACGAGAAAAACAGGUGAAACAGAAUGAAAAUCUGGCAUCUGAUGGGUGUCAAAAAAUUAAAUCCAGUACCCCAGGCAAAAAGAGUACUUCCAGUGUUAAAGGAGAAUGGAAGGAGAGGAAAUUGGCUCAACAGUUAAAGGAUGAAACAGCAAAAGAGGAGAAGGCAUCAGAAAGGAAACAUUCUUCUCAUAUUACAGUAGAGGGGAUAGCCUUUUCCCUCCUUCAGAGCCAGACUGUAGAGGCAGCAGAGGAACAGACAAACAUGAAUGGAGCCAAAGAGGAGAUACAUUCCAAAGGAAAAGCAACAGCCACCAAACCGAAGAAAGUAAAAAAGCCACUGAAGGAGAAGACACCUCCUGAUGAUAUGCAAAAGAAUACUAUGACAAAAGCUAAGAAGCAAAAAGAUAAAGAGAGUCCAUCCAUUCAGCAGGGCUCCUCCCAUAAAAAGAAGAAAGACGCCGUUCCUGCAGUGGGAAAAAGUAUGCUGAAAGAUGGAACAGCCCCAGCCCUCAAAGUAGGGGGAAGGACUCGCAAAGGGAAAAGCAGUCCAGCUAAUAUGGAGCACUCCAUCUCAAACAAAAUAGAUUCUGAGAGCAGUCCUUGCAGAAGUCCUCAGGAUGAAAGAGACUCGAGCUCUCUCAGCAGCCCAGGUUGGCCUAAUAAGAAAUCAGACUCCCAGGAGGAGGCCUCUCCGCGGCUGAGGCGAGGGUGCAGACGGACUGAUGAUGCGUUGCUCAGAGACUUGAGCUCCGCUGCUCCACCUACUCCUCCCCCUCUUGAUCCCUCCUCUACGCCACCUCCUGUACCAAUCCGCCGGCCGCGCGGCAGGCCUCGGAUCAACCCUCUGCCUGAAGAGGAUGAUGCAGACAAGGACAGGCUUAGUGAGGGUGGAGACACCUCUUCAAUAAAGAAGAGGAAACGCUGCAAGAAUCGUAAAUAUCAAAAUGGGGAAUACAUCACAGAGAAGGAUAAGGUGGCAGAUGGAGAGGAGAAGCUGGCCGUGGAAGAUGGUGAGGCCACUAAUGAGAAGAUAGGCGUGUACCCAUGUCUCAGUGCCACGCUGACCAGUGGAGUGCCCAGCCCUGACAUCAGCCCUAGACGGACCCUGUUCACACGCUCGGGCUUGACACGAUCUCAGGAGAGUCCUCCUGCCCCACUGUCUAAUGACAAACCCUCGGGGAAGAGGAAGUUUAAAAGUAAACACUUAUGUGAUACAGAGGAUCAGAAAAAGCUCAAGACUAAGAGAAACAGCUUGGGCAAACGCACAGGGAACUUCAUACCAGAUGAGGAUGUUCCCGUUGCCAAGAAAACUCCAACAUCUAAUGCUUCUCCCAAACAGUCAAGCUCCCCCCUGUCUAGUAAAAAAGGAACAGCCGGGAAAAUCCCUGAAUCUACUCCAAGCCGUCCAGUGCCUCCUGAAGUCCGUCGUCUGAUCGUGAAUAAGAAUGCAGGAGAGACGCUAUUACAGAGAGCUGCUAGAUUAGGUUACCAGGAUGUAGUUUUAUAUUGCUUGGAAAAGGAUGUGCGAGAGGUGAACCGCCGUGACAACGCAGGUUACACGGCACUGCACGAGGCCUGUGCACGUGGCUGGACUCACAUCAUACAGGUGCUGCUCAAACAUGGUGCAGAUGUUAACUGCAGCGCACAGGACGGAACACGCCCUAUUCAUGACGCAGUUGCAGCCGAUAAUCUAGCAGCUGUCUGGAUGCUGUUAAAUCAUGGGGCGGAUCCCACGCUGGCAACUUACUCUGGUCAGACUGCAAUUAAACUAGCCCAGAGUACCGGAAUGAAAACUUUCCUCAAAGAGUAUUUCACUGAUUUAGAGGGCCGAACUGACCAAGAUAGUCUACAGUGGGAUUUCUACAGUAGUUCUGUGUUUGAAACAGAGCAGCAACCUUGUUGGGAUUUUCUAUUGUCUCAGCCUGAGGAUGAAGGUGGGGAGCAGGUGAAAGACAGAGAUACUGAUACAGACAGUUUUUUGUUUGAGUUCUCCUCUGAGCCCCUCCUACCCUGCUACCAUGUUCAAGUAUCAUUGACGCAGGGUUUUUGCAACUGGUUCUUGCUAACAGACGUGCUGAAGCGGCUAAAGAUGUCAGCACGGAUUUUCCGGGCUCGGUACCCUCAGUUUGAGGUGGCUAGCAUUGCUCAGGCGGAGCUGUGGAAACAGGUCUCUGUCAGUCAGACUUGCACAGCCCCGGACAAACUCCAGCCAGGUGAGGAGGAUGACGGGGAGGAGAUGAUGGAGCUGGUGCGCUGCGUGCCAGAGUUACAGGGACUGUUAGGCUCCUCCAUACAGAUCCUCAGAGAAGAUGAGGACGAGACAUCAGGGGUCACCGACAGCCCUAGCAGUCGAUAGCGACUCCUGCUCUAAAUCUGUUUUCAGGCCCAGAACAGUCCCUCUGCAUUCCUUCCAGUCUCUACAGCCGUUAGAUCUAAACGGGGAGCAGCGAGGUGCCGUCCAUUGUCGUGCGAAGGUCCUUGUCAUUGCAACUGAUGGCCUGUUACCAGUACCAGCACUUUGUACGUUCAGUGUCAGCCAGAAAGGUCCUAUUUCCUCAAAGACACUCUUAUCAUAGGCCACCUUCCCCCUCAGUAAUGAAAUGGGGCGCUAGAGAGCUAAUUUGCCAUGCCCUUACCCUAGGGAGAAAGGCUGGAGAAGGACUCCACUGAGAAGCAACUUUCAGGUUCCUAUCUGUAGGUAUUUUUCAAUAUUCAGUAAUUCAGUUUUUUCUUUUUUUUUCUUUUUUUUAUAUAAACUUAUAUGUAUAAGUAAAUAUAUAUGUAUAUCUUGCCAUCAGGGUGAACACAUAUGGGUGUAACUUAUCAUGUUUUAUGUUUGUAAUUGAUGGUAUGUGAGUCCUUUAGAAGGAGUGGCAAUCCAAGUCUUUUUUAACUUGGUAAACUAAACGUGUGUAGCUAAGAGGCUUACGUCAAGCUAACAGCGGCAGGAAUGCCUUUGGGCCAGAUGGUUCCUGUGUAAACCUUCGAGAAUCUCUCGGCUCUGAGAAGCCCCCUAACCUUCAGCAUAUGUUCCUCGCCACAGCCCUCCAUACCUCAGCAGCACAACUCUCACACUGAAGCUCUGCCUAUAUCAUUACACCUUCCCUAGAUACACUCGCUAUUAUGUCUCAUUUGCAUUGUAGCAGGCACGGAAUUGUUCUCUUGCAGUCCUGUGACACCCAACGUUUGUUUAACUUUUGCUGUGAAAGUCAGCAGGUUGAUCCGCUAUUAGUAAUAAGUUGCUUUAUCCACAAUUAUUUUAAGAUAUCAACAGGUAUCUGCCUUCUGAACCGAUAUCAACCUUGAAAAUGAAGUGGUAAAUAGAAACAAGGCUGUGGAGUGCUUUUUGUUUUUGUAGAUUUUUUUUUCUUUUCUUUUUAGACUCUUCUAGAGCUACUUUUCUAGAUUCUGUCUUUAAUUGCUUUCUAGUGCUCAUGGAAGGACUUCUCUCUGAUCUUCCCACUCUCAUUAUUUCCUGGUGCACCAGAUUCUGGUGGGCUUUGUGGACGCGUGAUGUUUUAUUUACACUGAUUGUUGUUUGUGCUUAAUUUAAUAGUCAUUAAUAUAUUUGACCUUUUUUUUGUGUGUGUAUCAGACAAAUUAUAUAUGAGAAUUGCUUUGUAUUGUUGGUGCUUUAUUUGAAAUGUACAAUUAAUGAUCCCUUUAUCCUGAGUUUUUGUUUUCCCACACUGCGAACAGUAUUUUAACAGGCUAAAGUACAGUUUUAUUGUACUGGUGCUAAGCUAGAUUUUGUGUUGACAAUCAAUGAAGUUUUGUUUGAACUGAAACCAAUAAAUAAUAUUUAAAUGAAGAGACAGAGAUGUAAAGAUAGAGUUUAGUUUCACUACUUAUGGAAAUACAGCAAGACAUGAAGAAAGUUAUUGGUUUUGAAGGCAUAUUUCUUCAGUGAUCUCUGUUCAAAGAGGAAAGCUGUUUAUUUGAUUCUUUAUUUGAAGAAAUCAACCAGAAUAAAGCAUGAUUG